GCAGGGUGCAUUUGUUGUCAAACUGCACUCUUCUCGCCGCAGCAGAAUGGAGCAAACGAAUCGGUGUGGCUUGUUUUUCUUAUUUUUAAGCUGCAUUUUAGUGUUUAAGCUCGCAAACGGUGACUGUGGAUGCAACAAGCUGAAACGCAAUGCCGAGGGCCAAGAGCAGCCGAAGGAACGCGUCAUCUUCUCGGCCGAUGCAACACAACACUCCCACUCCGACGGGGCGGACCGUCGUCCGGAGAGCUUGCUCGAUCUGGUGGAACAUUCCAAGCGGUUCGAAGACAUGAGCCUUAUCCCAGGAGGUGAAUAUGUAAUCGGCACGAAUGAACCAAUCUUCGUCAAGGAUCGCGAAUCACCGGCCCGGCCCGCGACGAUCCGCGACUUUUACCUCGACCAGUACGAAGUCUCCAACGCACAGUUCAAGACAUUCGUCGACCAGACAGGCUACGUCACGGAGGCGGAAAAGUUUGGCGACAGCUUCGUCUUCCAGCAGCUGCUCAGCGAAGCGGUGCGCAAGCAGUACGAAGAUUUCCGCGUUGCAGCGGCGCCCUGGUGGUACAAGGUACGCGGAGCCUCCUGGCAGCAUCCGGAAGGUGACGUGUCACGUGAUAUAAGCGACCGAUUGGACCACCCGGUGGUGCACGUGUCCUGGAACGAUGCGGUCGCGUACUGCGCCUGGAAAGGGAAGCGCCUGCCGACGGAAGCGGAAUGGGAAGCGGCCUGCCGGGGCGGUCGCAAACAAAAGCUAUUCCCCUGGGGCAACAAGCUGAUGCCGAAGGAGCAGCACAUGAUGAACAUAUGGCAGGGCGAGUUCCCGGACAGCAAUCUGAGGGAGGAUGGCUACGAAACCACCUGCCCGGUGACGUCCUUCCGCCAGAACCCGUUCGAGCUGUACAACAUCGUUGGCAACGUGUGGGAGUGGACGGCGGAUCUGUGGGACUCGAAGGAUGCGGCCAUCGAGCGCAAGCCGGGCAGCGAUCCACCGAAUCGGGUGAAAAAGGGUGGCUCAUACCUGUGUCACGAAUCGUACUGCUAUCGCUAUCGCUGUGCGGCUCGAUCGCAGAACACCGAGGACAGUUCGGCGGGCAAUCUGGGCUUCCGGUGCGCUGCCGAUGCUAACUGAAUGGAGCGGAUCCUAUUCCUUCUUUGUGAUAAUCUCAACGGACUCUUCCUGCGGGAAGACCAUCUAAUAACGACGCAUUUUUACUAUUUAAAGGAUACGAAGUCACAGCGAAAUAAAUGGCACCUUAUUCAAACUAGAA